AUGAAAUUUCUUACGCGAUUGUCGCUGCUAUCUCUUGCUGCUCCAUCGUUGGGUACACCUGCAGCUCGGCACUUUCCACGCAAUGAAAUGACCCAAAAUGAACAGCCCUUGAUCAAAAUCAGGCCCCAACGAACUUCAUCUCGAGACCUUGUGAACCUUGAUGGUCUAUGGAAAUUCGCCCUCGCAUCUGGCCCCAAUGACACGGCCCAGCCGUGGACAGCGCCAUUACCCAAAGGUCUUGAAUGUCCAGUCCCGGCCUCUUACAAUGACAUUUUCAUCAGCCGGGAGAUCCACGACCAUGUGGGAUGGGUUUACUAUCAGCGUGAGGUCAUUGUCCCCAAAGGCUGGUCUCAGGAGCGAUAUCUUGUGCGAGCCGAAUCCGCUACACACCAUGGUCGCAUCUAUGUCAACAACCGGCUUGUUGCGGAGCAUGUGGGCGGCUAUACACCUUUUGAAGCCGACAUCACUGAUUUGGUCGUCCCUGGAGAGAAAUUUCGUUUGACGAUUGGUGUCAACAACGAGCUUACCCAUGAGACUAUCCCACCAGGAGAAAUCACAACAGCGAACGCGACUGGCAAGAGAAUCCAGACCUAUCAACAUGACUUUUACAACUAUGCCGGUCUCGCCCGAUCUAUCUGGCUUUAUUCUGUACCCCAGCAACAUAUCCAGGAUAUUACUGUGGUUACAGAUGUUGAUGGUGACAAUGGUCUGAUCAACUACGAGGUCGAAGUGGCGAACCAGACGACGGGGCAGAUCCAGAUCUCAGUGAUCGACGAGGAUGGAGCUAUUGUUGCAAAUGCCUCGGGAGCUCAGGGUACUGUCACAAUUCCCUCAGUCAAGCUAUGGCAACCUGGCGCCGCAUAUCUCUACCAACUCCAGGUCAACGUCGUGGAUUCUAGCGGCGAUGUAGUCGACACCUAUAAUUUGGCUACGGGCGUGCGUACUGUCAAGAUUUCCGGGUCACAAUUCUUGAUAAACGGCAAGCCUUUCUACUUUACCGGUUUUGGCAGGCAUGAAGACACAGCAGUACGUGGCAAAGGACAUGACCCAGCAUAUAUGGUUCACGAUUUCCAACUCAUGAAAUGGAUUGGAGCAAAUUCUUUCCGGACUUCACACUACCCUUAUGCAGAAGAGGUCAUGGAUUUCGCAGAUCGAAAUGGAAUUGUCGUGAUCGAUGAAACUCCUGCCGUGGGUCUGAACAUUGCCUUGAUGGGUGUAUCUGAGAGUGGUGCCCCACAAACAUUUACGCCAGAUGGGAUUAACGAUAAGACCCAAGAGGCCCACAAGCAGGCGAUUCGUGAGCUCAUUGCCCGAGACAAAAACCAUGCCAGUGUUGUCAUGUGGUCUAUUGCCAACGAGCCUGCAUCUCAGGAAGAUGGGGCUCGCGAAUACUUCGAGCCACUGGCCAAUUUGACUCGUCAGCUUGAUCCAACUCGCCCUAUUACAUUUGCUAAUGUCGGCGCUGCAACAUAUCAGCUAGAUCGGAUCUCUGAUCUGUUUGAUGUUAGUUGCAUAAAUCGGUAUUUCGGAUGGUAUUCUCAAACAGGAGACCUUGAGGAAGCAGAGGCAGCUCUUGAAAAGGAGUUGCGUGGGUGGCAAGAGAAAUUCCACAGGCCGAUCAUUAUGAGCGAAUAUGGUGCAGAUACCCUUGCAGGUCUUCACUCUAUCCUCGCACUGCCUUGGAGCGAAGAGUUCCAGGUACAAAUGCUAGACAUGUACCAUCGAGUGUUUGAUCGCAUUGAGUCGAUGGCAGGCGAGCAUGUUUGGAACUUCGCGGAUUUCCAGACCAACUUGGGUGUCAUCCGAGUAGAUGGUAACAAGAAGGGUGUUUUCACGCGUGACCGAAAGCCAAAGGCGGCAGCUCAUAGUUUGAGGGCAAGGUGGACGAAUGGUGAUAAGAAUUAG